UCAGUUCUCAUAAUCACGUCGAUCGGCCAGGAGGCGUCCAGUGGUUUCCCGGCAGUAUAUCGAUUAACAUUCCGGUCGUCGCCGAUCUUGGUCACUCCUUUCGUUCUCCAGGUGUCACACGUCUGGCCGAUCACCAUGUCGAGCGAGUUUCUCGGAAAACGUUACAAGCUCUUCAGUAGCGAGAAUUUCGACGAGUUCAUGAAGGCGCUCGGCGUGGGUAUGGUGACGCGCAAAAUGGGUAGCAGCGUCAGUCCUGUUAUCGAACUGACGGAGAAAGACGGAGUGUAUACUCUAAAGACGUCUAGCACUUUCAAAAAUACCGAAAUAAAGUUCAAACUUGGCGAGGAGUUCGACGAGGAGACCGUAGACGGCAGAAAGGUGAAGAGCGUCUGUACUCUGGAGGGUAACAAACUCAUCCAGGUGCAAAAAGGCGAGAAAGGCACCACGAUUGAGAGGGAAUUCGGGCCUACGGAGAUGAAGGCGAUUAUGAAGGUCGAUGACAUAGUCUGCACAAGGGUAUACAAACUUCAGGAAUAAGGAGGCCAGUACCAAAGUUGAAGACGUGCACAACCCCACACAGGUGCUUCGAAAGUAUUCUGAAACCGUGUAAAUUAUUGUUUGAAAAAUUCUUUGUUUAAGUGUGAACAACCCAGUUAUAAAAUGUACAUCUAUAUAUAAAAGACGUCUUUUAGAUA